AUGAAAAGCCUUGUAGGACGCAGCGCAAUAGCCUUUCAGCCAGCGCAGCGCCCUCGAGGCCUGCGCGACGCGUUUGCGGCGGCGGCGUCACCGCCCUGCCACAGGCGCCCCGUGACUCGCGCCUCCCCGGCCGCGCCCGCGCGCCCGAGCCCAGGGCAGCGGCCGCGCCCCUCUGGAGCGACGCCCUCGGCGGUGACCGCGCAGGCGCCGGUGCUCGCGCCCACCCUGGCGGCGGCGGCGGCGGCGGCCUCGGCGGUGGGGCGGGACCCCUGGUCCCUGGUUGGUUUCCGCAUCGCGCUCGACAUGGCGGUACCAAUUAUGGAAUUGUGGAUAGCAUUCAAGCUCCUGGACUGGCUGGCGACGAGGUUGAAGAAGGGCAUUGACGCACGCAUGGCGGGCGACGGCAGCCUGAUGGACGAGCUCGGCAACAGGGCAACCCUGGUCGGCCUGCUGCUGCUGUCGCUGCGCAAGCCGGCGUCCUACAUGCUGCCGCCCCUGGUCUUCAUCUACCUGGCCAGUCCCUGGUAA